AUGUAAGAAAGCCACUCUUCGUAUCCCUCACUCUUCAAUCUUCAAUUUCCGAUUAUGUGCUGGUGAUCUUUCUUGCCAUGACCCCUUGUCGGCAAAGACUGAUUCAUCUGAGUUGAAUUCCACGACGGUGGCCUCGCGCUUCGUGACCUAUGCACUUCACUCCAGGCGGACUAGCCUGGUAAGACGGAUCAUCAAUCCUCGUGAGCGAUCAUGCCCGUCGCUGAUGCAUCUCGAUGCUCCGCUAUCUGUUCCGUCAAGCGCGGACUGUUCGCGUCCCGCUUAAAAAUGGAGAGUUCGAUAUACAAAGAGUGACAGUGAAGCGCAAGUCGAAAGUUGACAUUUCUCGCCUUCUCACUACAUUCCUUAUCAGCUAUUGCGUGGUUAGGACCGUAAGCUAUGUCCUGUCUAGGGGAGAUAAGCAAAGCGAUAGCCGUAUCGACGCCGAAAGGUGGAAGAAAGAGCUGGAAGGACAACAGGAUGCAGUCGCCACGGGGUCUACGAUUGCCGAGCAGGAGGGGAUCCCAUUCAUGCUACCUAUAUGGCUCCGUCGAAGGCGAUCGCCUCUAUAUACUGCCGAUGACCCUGACUGGAAAGCUUUCCAGAAGGCCCAACAGGACAAAAAGUUGAUGUCCGAGAUGAGAGUGGCCAUCAUUCAGUUGUUGGAGAAAGAGAUAAACAAAGACAAAUGGCGACCAUCUAUACAAGCGAUCAAUGCAGGCGGCAAGAUUCAGACUCGAUCCAGUCUGAUCCUCGUGCCGCCACUAUUCCCGCCCGACAUCUACGAAGUCCCUUGUGUCUUCGUGGUUCCUGGUGGACUUAAGGUGGGUUGGCGACGAUUGCCACAACACAUGGGAAGCAGACUGGAUCAUAUAUUCCACCCAGUGGUAUUCACAGAUGCCUUUUACGUUGCGUUCCAGGUUUUCUGCAAGACCUCUUACCAGAUAACACAUGCUCGGCUCACUGAUCGUUUCAAUUCAUCGAAAUCAUCUUCUGCCGAUGGCGUACCCCCAGCGGAGAUAGGCGAGCUUUCCCAAACCGAGGAGAAAAAGGUCAGCGAAACUGAAAAGACACUUUCUCGUCUGGUGUCCCAGCGGCAGUCGGAGGAUGACAAGGCCAUUUGGCUGCCGUUUUUGCACGGCGAAUACGGAGAACGCCCUGCAAUGCGAAACUAUCGUGAUCUCGUCAAGUCAAUGACAUACCGCGGUGCUAUCGACGAGGCCUGUGGUAUGUUUCGUGCGAAAUGGAUUAUUGGCCUUAGCAACAUGCAAGCAAAGACAGCCAUCAGGGACGGCUGUACCAUCGAAGGAACCGUUGACCUCGUCGGUGUGCGAGGUGUGGUACGCCUUUUUGUGUUGGUGGCAUACUCUCCGGAAAGCAACGCCAUCACUAGUCCACUUGUCAUUGUUCGAGCAAACAUCGUUCCGCACGCUGCCAGAUGGCAUGAUGAAAAGUAUGGAGCACCGGUGGUCAGCACGUCGAGCCGUGAAAAGACAGUAGAACAAUCGCCUUGGAAAGAUUCAAAAGUUGGGCCCAGAGCUCCUGAGUCAAGGGCUGACACGGAAGGAAAGGAGAAGAAAUGAGUUGUGACUAAUCGAGAACAUUUCGAGCAUAGCGAGGAGCCGGAUCGAGGAAUAUCGAAGCGUUCCUUGUCGUGUAUUGCACACACUGGGAGGGACCAUGCCCAUCUCAGGAGAUCGGUGGAGUUUUCAUUUAUGUGAAGCGACUCGGUGAAAGCGGGAGCGAAAGGCCUUGCU